CAGUCGCAGAGUAUAGACGCGAGAGUUCUCCUUCCCCCAUUUCAUUCCCAUUCGCAUUUGAUAAAUAAAAACAAAUCAUGGGUUGUUGUGAUUCCAGAGUUAAAGAUGAUCGAACUCAAGAAAAUACCGAAGAAAGAACUUGCACAGACGUUUUUUGGCUCGUCAUCUACAUCUUAUUCUGGUUCUUGCUGGUCAUAAUUGCUGCAUUCUCAUUCGUUUACGGCAAUCCGAUCAGAAUUAUAAAUGGAUAUGACUCGUUUGGCAAUACUUGCGGCACCAAGUACAACAAGCCCAUGGGAAAUUUGAAUUUUUCUGGCUUGGACACCUCUGAGAGACCCUACUUGUUAUUCUAUGAUGUUAAAAACUUGAAAGAAGGGCUGAAAAUAUGUGUUAAAGAAUGUCCAAAAAAAACAUUAAGUACAGUCUCUGAUAUUUACGAUUAUCAUAAAUUUUCUAAAGUGGAUGUAUGUAAAUAUGAAUUCAAUUAUGAGUUCCUAAAACCUAACCAGAAUGGCGAAUUAUUGGCAGCCCCAUUAGGGCCUUGUCCUUCUCUACCAGUAUAUGAGGCCAAACCAGUAUUGAACCGCUGUGUGCCAAAACCAUUUAAAGAAGUUACUGAAGCUAUUCUCAAUAAUUUUUACGACUUAUUGAAUGGUUGGGAUACUAUGGAGCAAAUUUUAGGAGACCUCUAUAAUACAUGGAAAGAAAUACUAGGACUGGCUGUAUUUGCACUUGUUGUUUCGUUGCUGACAAUCACAAUCCUGCACUGUUUGGCCCAUAUUAUCUCGUAUUUCAUAAUGUUUGGAUUUGCUAUAGCUGGUAUUGGAGGAACUGCUUAUUUGUGGUACACAUACUUCGAUAUUAAAAAUAGUUUGGACAAGACUGCACAGAACACUCUACUUUUAGAGUCUGUCCGCAAUGAAACUGCUUUCUUUUGGUACUCGAUUAUCUCCACUGUUUUAACUGCAAUCAUAUUAACCAUUGUAAUAUUUAUGAGGAAACAAGUCGAUUUUCUCGCAAAUUUAUUCAAAGAAACUUCCAAAUGUAUAAUGCACCUGCCCGGAUUGUUCCUCCAGCCUCUCUGUACCUUUGUAGUGCUGACAGUAUUUUUCAUGUUUUGGUUAUUUGUGGUGCUAUGUCUCGCAACUUCGAGCUACCCUGGAACGAGCACCAUUUCUGGGGUAAGAGUUGAUGAUAAAGGAACUACCCCAAUUACUGCACCAACUGCAAACGCCAAAGUAAUGAAUUUAUCAUUUGUAGAAAAAAUCAACAAUUUCCAAGUGGUCGAAUAUGUAGACGCCACAUGGAUAAAGGGGAUGUGGUGGGUCUAUUUUAUUGGACUUAUAUGGACAUCGGAAUUUAUAAUGGCCUGUCAACAAAUGGUGAUUGCUGGUGCUGUGGCUCAUUGGUUCUACAGACAUAAAUAUGAGAGCAACAAUCACAUCUGUUAUUCUAUGGGAAAGCUACUAAAAUAUCACUUGGGAUCCGUAGCUCUAGGAUCAUUGAUCAUUACCAUUUUUAAAAUUCCAAGAUUGAUUCUCAUGUAUUUACAUGAAAGGUUUUCCCGUGGAAAGGAAAACGGGAACGAAUGUGCCUCAUGUAGUUUGAAAUGUUGCAUUUGUUGCUUUUACUGUUUGGAAAAAUUUAUUAGAUACUUGAAUCAUAAUGCUUACACUGUUAUCGCCAUCGAUGGUUCAAAUUUCUGUUAUGCUGCUGCAACGGCCUUUGAUGUUUUGAGCUCCCACGCACUCCAGGUUGCCACAAUCAAUAGCCUAGGAGAUUUCAUUCUUUUCCUAGGAAAAUGUUUCGUCACCGCUGUAACUGGUAUUGUGGGCCUGGCAAUAUUCAAGAGAAACCCUGAACUGACUUUUUACGCAGCACCUACAUUGUUGGUUUGCGUAUUUGCUUUCUUUGUCGCGCACUGUGUUUUGUCCCUUUAUGAGAUGGUCCUCGAUACGGUUUAUUUAUGCAUGUGUCAGAGUGGUGACGCCCCUGAUGGGAUCCAGAUGCAAAAUCUCGGCGUCACCAACAACGGGAACGUGCAACAAGAAGAGCCUGAAUUGAUGAACUGAAGUGAUGAACUAGGUAACUAAUUCAGACACUUCAAGUUUAAAGAAUAACAGUAUUGCAUCAAAAUUUAAAGGAGGCAAGAUCUCUGUUCAUGUGCCUCACAAAAAUAGGAAUAGAAUUAGAAAAGCUAUUUAUAGUUUUUAAGUUUUUGUGUUAGGUUAUUUGUUCAAUUUCACAGAUUAAGAGCCUUUGUUUAGGUAAGCAGGACCAUAUCCUUGAAUCAGCCUCAAUUCUAGCUGUUACUCGAAUACAAUUUUGAUCAUGAAAGACCAAAUUGGCAAUGACUGGAAAUCAUUUACUUUUUGUAUUGUUACCAAUAUACCAAAAUUAUUUAAAGGAUUUUUUUAGGAAUAAGUAGUUUAUAGUUUGUUAAUGAAUAGUCAGAGCUCAAUCGGUUAUAUUGCAUUAAGAGUGAGUUGCACAAACAUAUGCUAAGUGGAAGAAUUCACAAAGUUUGUUCAAUAAUACUUGGGAAAAAUUGUCCAUGAAAUGAGUAAAUGGUUUGAGCAACUCCGUGGCUGUCCUGUCUCCAAAGACCUGAACAUGCAAGGAAAGAAAUUAUCCAUGAUCCGAUUAAUCCCGUUUGAGUACAUUAUACAUUGAUGCAAAUUAUUUUUGAGGCAUCCCGAUGGGUUUUUCACCUAACAAAAUUUGUACACUAAUUAACAGUACUAACAGAUAUUUCCAUGUAUUAACAGAUAUUUCUAUGUACCUAAUAACAAGUUAUUGCCAACUAUUUCCAUGUAUUAACAAAAUAUUUCCACAUAUUGCCAUGUAUUUCCCUAGUAUUAUUACAUAUUACCAGGUAUUGCCAUGCUAUUGACAGACUAAAAUCAAAUAUUUGUUUUGCCAGAAUUCUAGGUAUUGACAUAUCCACCGGUAUUUACAUGUUAUGAAUGGGUAUCAACCAAUGACAUUAACAUAUAUUGCCUAGAUAUCUACAAGUAUUGACAUAUAUUACCUACAUAAAUAACAAGUAGGUAUUGCAUAGUACUGACACUAUUGACAUAGUAUUUACCUGGUAUUGACAUAUAUUAACCCGUGAUUUGUACACCGAUUAACAAGGUGAAAAACCCCUCAAGGCCAUACUCUUUGAAAAAAUUGUUAAAAUUGUUUUUAAAAAAAUUCUUGUGGAUAAAAAUUGGAUAAAAGCAUAUAUUAGCUUAGGUUUGUGGAAAAGCAAGAUCAGUUUGAUAACAAUUCCUAGAAAUUUUAUAUCAAAGAACGAACAUCGAUUCAACACUGGUAUUUUGUAUUCUAUAACAUUUUUAAAUUCUAAUACUCACAAUUGGCAGUUCCAACUCCCAAAACUUCAGUUUUGAAUAAACCUAGUAUCGUCCAUUUUAUUGUAGUCUGUAUGUCAUAUUUUAUUUUUUUUUUUACAGUAGGAGUUAUUGAUGAACAUUGUGACCAGUAAGAGUGUCUUGAAUUAAAAAUGUGUACUUAUAUUUGAUUAAUAUAACUGUUUAUUUGAAAAUUCAAGUAUAUUAUAAUUGGAUCAUAUUAGAGUUGAAGCUGACAUACAAGAAUUGGUUCAGAAAAUGAACUCCAUAUUUUAACUAAAAUUAGAUGUGCAAAAAAAAAGAAAAUGUUACUUAUUGGUCACAUUGUUGAACUUAGUGUUACAUAUAAGGAUCUGUAAUAAACACAAAUACAAAGGCGGUUCUCUCGGGUGCAAUUUCCAACGUUUUGCUGCAAUUUCUGUAGUAAUACGUCAAUACUGGGAUACUCCUUUUUUUAUAUAAUAUUUUCUCUAACAAUAAUAACCUAUCUCAAUGAAAAUCAAAAUCUCCCAAAUAACUAGUUGUUAAGUAUGUAUUGUUUUUUUAAGAUUUUUUUUGAAGAUUCGCAUAAUCUUUAACGCACUGAAACAUUGUAUUUUUGAUAAGGAUAUUAAUUAUUAUAAUAUUUUGCACUUUAAUUCGUUGCUAUUUACUGCUUAGAUAUAAGAUUCCCGACUGUUGAAACAAGAUGAGUAAUCAUUUCGCAUUUGAAUAUGGAACCAACAUCUUUCUCCGGCGUUACUUAUUUUGCCAGUUGGGAUAUUUAAACUUUGAUUUUUAUUAUAUAAUAAUAAAAUUAUUUUUAAAUAUAUUAUUACUUCGACCAAUGAGGUUUAAAAUAUACGCUUCUAAUAA